GAGAGAGAGAGACGCAGCCUGCCCUUCGCCUUGGAGCACAGACAGAUCGAGUCCCCGCAGCAUUGAAUGUAGUCGACUGCCACCUUUAUCUCAUAAUCAAAUUCAGCAAGAAUCGGGAUAAAGGUUAACGAGCGAUAUUUGGUUCUAGCAACGUCGUUCUGGAGAUUUGCACGAAGAGAAGAGAAGAGAGAAGAAACUUUUUGCACUCGUUUUAAAAGCGUGAGCAAAGACAAACUCACCAAAGACAUCAGCCUCCGCUGUGACAAAUGUAAGAUAGUUUGUAAAGGCGGAGGAACAUUUCUGUGGAGCGUUUUGGUAAGAGUUGACGUGAUCUUUGAAGGAGUUUACCGACAGGUUGCAUGGCUUACUGGUGCUCGCGGCACGUCUCUAGACACGGCACGCGACGAAGCGACCAGGAGAUCGUUCUCUCAGACCAUUAGGCAGCAGCACUAGACGAGCUAUCUAGAGACGUGGUGCAUCAUCCUCUUCACGAUCGUUGCAACGCCAGAGACUUGAGACUUCCACGCAGCGACUGGGCUUGAACUCCAGUCGAAGAAGAAGAAGGCGGAGUCUUAACUUAUUAAAAGGAACUCGCCGAGGCUCGGUAGCAAAUAUGAUGAUGAUGUCUCUGAACAGCAAGCAGGCGUUCGCCAUGCCCCACACCAGUCUGGCCGAGCCCAAAUACUCCAGUUUGCAUUCUUCGUCCUCUUCCACUUUGACUUCCAACGCGCCCUCGUCCUGCUGCGCGACGUCCAGACACAGCAACUCGAUCAUCAGCAGCGGAGGCAGCUCGGAGGCGAUGCGCCGAGCAUGUCUCCCAACCCCACCGAGCAAUAUAUUCGGCGGAUUGGAUGAGAGUUUGUUGGCCCGCGCGGAAGCUCUGGCGGCGGUGGAUAUAGUCUCGCAGACCAAAAGCCAUCAUCACCCUCCUCAUCACAGCCCCUUCAAGCCGGACACAACCUACCACACCAUGAACACGCAUCCGUGCACCUCGUCAUCUUCCUCUUCGUCGUCCGUGCCCAUCUCGCACCCGUCAGCUCUCGCGGGCCAUCACCACCACCACCACCAUCACCACCACCAGCCGCACCAGGCACUGGAGGGCGACCUGCUCGAUCACAUCACCCCAGGACUUGCACUUGCUGGAGCCAUGGCCGGGCCAGACGGCUCGGUGGUCUCCACGCCUGCGCACCCUGUCCACAUGGCAGGCAUGAACCACAUGCACCAAGCUGCCAUCAACAUGGCUCACGUCCAUGGGCUGCCAUCCCACAUGAGCUGCAUGAGCGACGUGGAUGCAGAUCCCAGGGACUUGGAGGCAUUCGCUGAGCGCUUUAAACAGCGUCGGAUCAAACUCGGCGUGACACAAGCGGAUGUAGGGUCAGCGCUGGCCAACCUGAAGAUUCCUGGCGUAGGCUCUUUAAGUCAGAGUACCAUCUGCCGGUUUGAAUCACUCACGUUGUCCCACAACAACAUGAUCGCCCUGAAGCCCAUCCUGCAAGCCUGGCUGGAGGAGGCUGAACAGUCGCACCGGGAGAAACUCAACAAACCCGAUCUCUUCAACGGGGCCGAGAAGAAGAGGAAGCGGACCUCCAUCGCGGCCCCCGAGAAAAGGUCCCUCGAAGCUUAUUUUGCUAUUCAGCCGCGUCCAUCCUCAGAGAAAAUUGCAGCAAUCGCAGAGAAGCUGGACCUCAAAAAGAACGUAGUGCGGGUUUGGUUUUGCAACCAGAGGCAGAAACAGAAACGCAUGAAAUAUUCGGCCUGCAUCUAGCUCGACCAGAAAACCAACAUGACGUGUCGAGAGACUUCUAAAACUGUUUAGAGACGAUUUGUAAAAUAUUUCU